AGUCCUGGCUGGGAGACCUCGGGCUCUGCGCGCCGAGGCCAGGGGUAGCCUCUGCAAGGGGUGACGGCACCUCUUCUGUAGCUGUGCCCUCUCUUUGGGCCCUCUGGUCUUAGGAGCGGGGACUGCCUAAAGCAUGAUCCGCUGGGCCUCCAACUUAUCGCCUGGAAGAAACCACUCACCCUGGAUGAACCCUUAGGCCCCUUCAGACCACCCUUGAGGAGGAUGACUGAGACAUUAUGGGACACGCGCUGUGUGUCUGCUCUCGGGGAACUGUCAUCAUUGACAAUAAGCGCUACCUCUUCAUCCAGAAACUAGGGGAAGGUGGGUUCAGCUAUGUGGACCUAGUGGAGGGGUUACAUGAUGGACACUUCUACGCCCUGAAGCGAAUCCUGUGUCAUGAGCAGCAGGACCGGGAGGAGGCCCAGCGAGAAGCAGACAUGCAUCGCCUCUUCCAUCACCCCAACAUCCUUCGCCUUGUGGCUUACUGUCUGAGGGAGCGGGGUACUAAGCAUGAGGCCUGGCUGCUGCUGCCUUUCUUCAAGAGAGGUACGCUAUGGAAUGAGAUAGAAAGACUGAAGGACAAAGGCAACUUCCUGACUGAGGACCAAAUUCUUCAACUGCUGCUGGGUAUCUGCAGGGGCCUUGAGGCCAUUCAUGCCAAGGGUUAUGCCCACAGGGACCUGAAGCCCACCAAUAUCUUGCUUGGAGAUGAGGGGCAGCCAAUUUUAAUGGACUUGGGUUCCAUGAAUCAAGCAUGCAUCCAUGUGGAGGGCUCUCGCCAGGCCCUGACCCUGCAGGACUGGGCGGCCCAGCGAUGCACCAUCUCCUACCGAGCCCCAGAGCUCUUCUCUGUGCAGAGUCAUUGUGUCAUCGAUGAGCGAACUGAUGUCUGGUCCCUAGGCUGUGUGCUGUAUGCCAUGAUGUUUGGAGAAGGCCCUUAUGACAUGGUAUUCCAGAAGGGUGACAGUGUGGCCCUUGCUGUGCAGAACCAACUCAGCAUCCCGGAAAGCCCCAGGCAUUCUUCAGCAGUGCGGCAGCUGCUGGCCUCAAUGAUGACUGUGGACCCCCAGCAGCGCCCUCACAUUCCUCUCCUCAUCACUCAAUUGGAGGCAUUGCAGCCCUCAGCUUCUGGCCAGCACACUACCCAAAUCUGAACAAACCAGAAGCCACGUUGACAAAGUGCCCUCUCAUGCCUUGGAAAGAGGCACCCAUCCUCAUUGGAAGCUCCAUCCAUUCUGUCCAGGACUGCUCUCUGAUAGGACCAGGGGGUGGGGAAAUCUUUGCUCUCUGACCUCCCCAAAGUGACAGCUGAGUAAAGAGCCUGACUAAAUAGUGGUGGGGUAGGGGUUGGGAAAAGAGAAACUGACAGAAUAUGGUCCAUGGCUCAGGACUGCUGAGCUCACAUCAUGUUCUGCCUCCAAAUUCAGGAGCAGGAGAAUGUAUAAACAAAAGAAUAAAGCAAAACCAGUUUGGUGUGGA